AUGCUUGGGGGUGAGAUAGCGACGCAGUCGAUGGCUACGAAGGACGUGGAGACGUUGCAUCUCCUGCUCCGACAAUGGGACCGCGACUUCCCCAACACUGGCGACGUCACCACCGCGUGCAUCUGGGCCGACUUGCUCAAAUGUAAUUCCGUCGUGACCACGUACUGCCCGUCCUCCCUCACGCCGUCGUGGUCACUCUACAAUGCAUGGCACUACGUGAACCUCCCCGUGGCAUUGCCACCCUCUAGGUUGCCUAAUCCCGUCGACCCUGCAGCGUUGCUAGCCAGCAGCCUCGACGGCUCUGCGAAUCACGUUCUGACUGGUAUCUUUGAAACGUUGCGGACCACCCAUUCUCCAUGGACCGCCAACCACGCCCUCCGGCUAUUCCUGCAUGUGUUUGGCGACGUCCACAACCCGCUGCAUGCCGCGGCGGGCGUGUCCGCUCGCUUUCCUCGCGACGAUGCCGGUGGGAACUCGUUCGUGUUCCGAAAGCCUUGUGUGACCACCAACUUGCAUGCGAUGUGGGACAGCUUGGCAGGGGUGUACGGGAGUGUGAACUGGUCGCCAGACAUGACCACGGAUUCGGCCGACCGCCGCGCCAUCAACCACUCGGUUGCUGCGGCAAUAUGCCGGCUUGGCGGAUCCGUUGAGUCUCAACAAGUGAAAGCAUGUGUCGACGGGUCGGCCUACUUGACGCAACUGUUUGUCGAGAGCCAUGACGUGGCAGCGCGAGACGCGUACACUGGCCUCAACUUGACCUGCGACAUCGCGUCAUCCGUCAGAACGUGUCAGGUGGCGUGUCCCAGCGAUGCCUACCAACACCAGGUCGUUGGUACAGCCGAAGCCCAACUGGUUCGAGGAGGGACGAGGCUAGCGGUGAUCUUGACACAAUUUGCAAGGCAGCUUCGACAGCUCAAGCUACUGGAGACGACAAUGGCAGGCCAUAAUCUUACAAAAAAGUAA